AUGGCGGUCGGAAUGGCCGCUGUUGGAUACACAGCGAUAGCUGAAAUUCAGUUUGGGGACUACAUCUUCCCUGCCUUUGAUCAGAUUGUAAAUGAAGCGGCUAAAUUCCGAUACCGAAGCGGCAACAACUGGAACUGCGGCAAAUUGACUUUCCGCUCCUCCUGGGGCGCCGUAGGCCACGGCGGGUUAUACCACUCGCAGUCUCCUGAGGCGUACUUUGCUCAUGCUGCAGGCCUUAAGAUUGUCAUUCCUAGGGGCCCUUACCAAGCUAAGGGGCUGCUGCUAAGCUGCAUUAGAGACGAUAACCCCUGUCUUUUCUUUGAACCCAAAGCCCUUUAUAGAGUCGCAACAGAUGAAGUUCCUACAGGAGAUUACAUGUUGAAUCUGUCAGAGGCGGAUGUUCUAAAGGAGGGGAAAGAUGUUACAGCGGUUGCCUGGGGCACGCAGGUUCACCGCGUGUUGCGCGCAGCGGAAAUGGCAGAGAAGGAGGGAAUCAGCGUUGAAGUGAUUGAUUUGCAGACAAUCAUUCCUUGGGACGUGAACACGGUGGUGAACUCGGUGAAGAAGACAGGGAGGCUGCUUGUCUCUCAUGAGGCGCAGCAAACGAUGGGCUUUGCAGCUGAAAUUGCUGCUGCGGUACAGGAAAGAUGCUUCUUCAACUUGGAGGCCCCAAUCAAACGCGUCACAGGCUAUGACACCCCCUUCCCGCUGGCCUAUGAGCCUGUCAGUAGCGUAGCAGCAGCAAUACACGCCUACUUCGAAAUGCAGACGAAAGGGCUUCCUCUAGAAACGCAGCUGCUUGUGCUCCCCUUCUCCUAG